UUUCCAUGAAAAAAUCUUUCUCUCUCUGUUCAACUUUUGUAUUCUUUAAGGCCUUUUUUCUUCACUGGCUCUGUGAUUUCUUACUCACUUGUUUAUUUCUCCACUGUAAUAUUUUCUGUUUUUUCUUGUUUUGUUCUCUCCCAAUUCUUGUUUACAUUGUGGUGUGGGGGAGAAGCGCCCUGGGGUUUGUGUGGGUUUUGGGAUUCUUGUCCUGAACAAGAAGACAACUGAGAAUUGUUGGUCGUUGAUGUCUUUGGCUGUUGGAGUUGCUUCAAGUUCCAAAGGCAUGGGAUUUGAUGAGAACAAGGCGGAGGGAAGCGAGACGAAUAAGGGUAAUGAAAGCGGGGGUGACAAUGAGGGGAGUAUUAGCAGGAAGAUGAGUGAGGCUUCUCUUUAUACCACUGAGGAUGAAGAUGAUGAGGAUACUGAGACCAAGAUUCAGUUGGGUCCUCAAUGCACUCUGAAGGAGUUAUCUGAGAAGGACAAGGAUGAUGAAAGUUUGAGGAGGUGGAAGGAACAACUGCUUGGAAGUGUGGAUGUUGAGUCUGUUGGAGAAACUCUUGAUCCAGAAGUGAAAAUCUUGGACCUUGCAAUUGUGUCCCCUGGUCGGGACGACAUUCUUCUCCCAAUCCCCGAUGAUGGAAACCCGCAAGGCUCCUGGUUUACAUUGAAAGAGGGUAGCCCUUACAGACUUAAGUUUACUUUCAGGGUCAGCAACAACAUCGUAUCAGGCCUCAAGUACAAGAACACUGUCUGGAAAACCGGCCUCAAAGUGGACAGCACCAAGGAGAUGAUUGGGACCUUCAGUCCUCAGCCAGAGGCUUACACGCAUGAGAUGCCGGAGGAGACAACCCCGUCUGGCAUGUUUGCCAGGGGGUCGUACUCAGCGAAAACACAGUUCCUUGAUGAUGAUAACAAGUGCUACCUGGAGCUGAACUACACGUUCGAGAUCAAGAAAGACUGGCAGUCCCAAUAAAAUGCAUUAAUUUUAUCCUUUGUCCAAGAAUGCUCCCCGUUUCAAUUUUUCAGUGUUUUUCUUUUCCAUUGUUGUCAUGUGAUUUGAGGAGAUGAUGGUAGAAGCAGGAAGGAAAGAAGCAAGAAUGUCUGGCCUAGGAUUGGAUUCUGAGAUGGCAAAAAGGGUCAAGUGUAAGAGGAGGUUCGAAAUCGUUGAUUUUGAUGCAAUAAAGUUGUGUUUCAUCUGUUCU